GCAGGGGUAUUUCCAGUAAAGCCGGAAGUUACGUUAUUCGUUUACCCUUGUCAACUUUGUUUACUUCGGUUUACGAUACUACAAAAGGAAAGUAGAAAUCGUUUCUUUCAUCAAAAAUCAUGACGUUGAACGUAUUAAAUCAGACAAUAUUUGUUCAGGUGAAAUGGCGGAAGUAGCUACCAUGCAACGACCGGAUCACUUAGCAAACCUGCCAAACGUAGCAAACAGUAAUAAUUUAGGUGGUAUCCGACUGCAGACUCAUGGACAACGUGGAGAGGAGCCUAUGGAAAUAGAGGAUAACCCUUGUCCGUCUGGAGCUAUGGGCAUUCUUGUCGGCACUCAGGGCAGUGCUCCGCACAGAGAGGAGGAAAACUGCUCAAUAUGUUUAGACAAUUUCACAAACAAGACUGCUCUACCGAAAUGUUCACAUGAGUUUUGUAAGGAGUGUAUAGAACAACAGUUUAAGUACAAACCAUCAUGUCCGAUAUGUGGAACUGUUUAUGGUAAAAUUAUAGGAACACAGCCUCCCGGCCAUAUUAACAUUCAACGUUUAUCCAACGGAAACUUACCGGGAUAUGAACAAUUUGGCAUCAUUUCUGUGUCUUACUCAUUCCCUAAUGGAGUCCAGGGGCCGGAACACCCCCAUCCAGGGACAAGAUUUUCUGGUACCAGCAGAACGGGGUACUUUCCGGACUGUCCAGAAGGGGUCAAGGUGGUAAGAUUACUUAAAGUGGCAUUUGACCGUCGCCUUGUCUUCACCGUUGGAAGGUCAAGGACAACAGGAGCUGACAAUGUUGUAACCUGGAAUGAUAUACACCAUAAAACAGCAUUUAACGGUGGACCCCAGAAUUUUGGAUACCCUGACCCUACAUACUUGGGGAGAGUUACAGAAGAGAUUGCAGCAAAAGGCGUAACAGAGGCAGAUCUAGAUCAUACAACCCUGAAUAUUAUACACUAACAUUGGCAGGAAAUCAGAUAUUAUGCAGUAGACCAUCGCACACAAUGUUUAUAUCAAAUGACUGACUUGAUAUUAUUGGUCAAAAAUUUUGACCAUACAGUUAAUAAUUUUUCAAGCACCAAGGAGAGGUCCAAAGGUGUGCAUUGUAAUUGAUUUCUCAAGCCCCUGUGAUAAUUAGAUAUCUAGCAUAAAUAUUGUAUGGAGUGGGAGAGGGAUGUGUGGGGUUGAGAGAGGGAUGUGGGGCUGAGAGAGGGAUGUUUGGGGGUUGAGAGAGGGAUGUGUGGGGUUGAGAGAGGGAUGUGUGGGGUUGAGAGAGGGAUGUGUGAGGUUGAGAGAGGAAUGUUUGGGGGUUGGGAGAGGGAUGUUUAGAGUUGAGAGAGGGAUGUGUGGGGUUGAGAGAGGGAUGUGGGGCUGAGAGAGGGAUGUUUGGGGGUUGAGAGAGGUAUGUUUUGGGUUGUGAGACUAGGAGAGGGUUAUGUGGGGUUGGUAGAGGGAUGUGGAGGGUUGAAAGAAACGAUAAAUGCUAUUUUCGAUUAAUUGCCAUAACAUUUGUACCUAGGAGAGUAUGCUAUUACAUAAAAUGUACCUGAAGUAAAUUUCCACCAAGUAACUUUUGUUUCUCUGCAAUAUGUACAGUUUAUUUCAUAUCUGAAUUGCCAUAUCUGAAAAAAGUAUUCAUAAGGAAUCGAUUUCAGUUAUGACUUACCAUGCUGUAAAUUUCUACACAGGUUGUAUGUCUCUACUAGAUAGGGACAACUUCGUGUGGUUGUUCAGUGAUGAUUGUAAUGUAGGUAUGCUGCUAAAAUUAAAUACUAUUUUUGUGA